AUGAGUUCCCACUAUAAAAGCGAUGGAUCUCGUGGAAGUCCACUCAUUUUGUGUUCUCAUUCUCGUCAGCGGCCGUUCCUUGGAACGUUUUCACCGACCAAAUGCAAACGCCCCACUGACUCCACUGAAACGGCACACUUGCUACGUAAGUUGUUGGGGACAGGUUUUUUGUGUUUUCCCAUGCUUGUCGCCAACGCACAGUGCAUUUUUCGCUUUUCGCAGAGUGCAAAACUCGAAAAAGCCGUUUGCACUGUGCAAAUGUUUGCGCGAAACCGCGGCGGGGCAGUUGGAAAACGCUUACAUCGCCGCGAUUUCCGAAUUGCACAGUGCAUUUUGAACUUUUUCCCACGCUUGCCGCCAACUCACAGUGCAUUUUUUGUUUUUUUGCACAGUGCAAACCAAAGUGAGAUGCACGGUGCUGGCUCGAUGUCAAUGCGCUGUAUGAAAAUUGUAACUUUUUCAGCUCAUCAUCGUCGGCUUCGGUUUCUGAAGAGUUUGGAGCGAAAUUAUGGCGUUUCCGCGCCGCCCAUUGGUCAUAAGGCCGGUUGGAGUUGUAUUUGA